UUUAUGUAUAUAAAUAAAUAAAUAUGCAGUUUAUUUUCUUUCUUACCAUCUACGCUCAUCUUUUGACGAAUUACUUCUUUGAGCCGUUCGCUGCGAGAGAAGUUAGCGCCAAUCAUUCGAACGGAUUCGAAUGGACUUGCGUGAACGCUGUCACGAUUCAAUGCGAUAUUCGCUAGCAUCUCGUAAUAUAUUCGAGACUUCUCUUUCGUAAAGAAUGUGUGAAGUCACCGUGAAUGCGGCGCGAAUUAACAGCAACAUGCAAUUUCAUUCUGAAGGCGGGCUAGAACUACUGUCGCGGCUCAACGAGAAACCGCGCUCAACUAACCUCGACGAAGUGCUGUUCCCCGAUGGCAUCAACAGCAAGAGCAUCGUGGAGAUCACCGGACCCUCAUCCACCGGGAAAACCGUGUUGCUGUGCCAGUUUAUAGCGAAGUGCAUACUACCCGCGCGGUACAAGGGAAUUCAGAUCGAUGGGUGCGAUGCCUGUGCGAUACUGAUCGACACUCUCGGACACGUUCAGAUGAGUAAAGUGGCUGAACUCAUGACCUCUAUGGUAUGCAGCGCGUACCGGAGCGCCGGUGUGCAAGCACCGGCUGAAACGGUGGACAUGAUCGUGACUGGGUGUCUGAAGAAUCUGACGGUGAUUGGGUGUUGCAACAGCGAUCAGUUCCAACUGGCACUGCACACGCUGGAAGACGAGUUCCUGUGCAACGAAAGGAUCACCCUGCUAGCUAUAGAUAACAUCCUGGCGUAUUACUGGCAAGAGAGACGAGAGAAGGGUUUGUUCAGUAUGGAUCAGUACACGAAGACUCUGGUGAGGAUCGUUCAAGCUCAAACGUGCCAAUUUAGCAUUGUAACAGCUUACACGCGGUGGGACGGACCAAGCUCUGAAAGUGAGGUCUCUGUAAAGCAUACAGAGAAUCUGUUAGGAAGGACGGAUGUGAAUUACAGACUGCGACUCUGCAAGAAUAACGUUGCUCGCGAAUUUAUGUGCCACGUAGAGUCCGCAGACGAUACAAAACAGAUUCGCUAUACAAUCUCUGACAAUGGUAUAAAGUGGACUAUUUUUAACAGUGCAUAAUUGUAAACAAGACAGAUCUCGGGGAUCAAUAAUCAAUCGAUGAUAGGAGAACUUUAUCUACUAUAUCUAAUGGAUUUAAGAACCUUGAGCCUGCUACUGUUACAUGGCAAUUUAGGUUGAACGAUGAUAUGGUUUCUUUAGCUUCCUUUACUUCCUCCGGUGUUACACCUCCGAUGACAUAAAUGAUAAUCCAGUCAUUGUCGCAUGGAUGACGUUUCAUCCUUCCUUUAGAGAAUAAGCUGUCAAACGUAUGUAGAAAUAUGAAACUAAUUCUUAAAAUUUUCUUAAAAA